AUGGAAGGACAACAACAACCAAUUCAACACCAACCAACAAAUGAAGAGAUUUGGACAAUCUUUGAUGAAGCAGUAGCACGUAUCUUUAAACAAUGGACAGCAUUACAAUUGGCAGUAGAGAAUCAAUGGGGAGGAUUCGGAUCUUCUUCAAAGGCUGAAGAGAUGAGACAAGAUGUAUUGGACUUGUUCUUGAUGGGUAAACCCGUACAUACAGAUAUGAUUGCACCUAUUCUCGAGGAUUGUCUUUCACAGGAAUUAAAUACCGUUGCAGAGGAUCAAAGCUGCGGUGAAGUUGCUGAACUCGUCGUUCAAGCAUUCAACCUUUGUGUUCGUGGUCAAUUUGCUCAAGUAGUUCAAUUAAUCGGACCUGAAAUGGGUUCAGCUGUAGAUAGAUGUAUUAAACCAAUGAAUGAUGAUGAUUCUGAUGAAGAUAUUGAUGGAGAUGGUGAUGAUAGUAUGAUGGAAGAUGAUUCAGACAUGACAGAAAAUAAUAAUGAUAAUAAUAAUGAUAAUAAUAAUAGAAAGAAAAAUGAACCAGAUGAAGAUGGUUGGGUUACAGUUGGAAGAAGAAGAUAA